CUAGUCGUAGGCUUUUGGGUUUUAGAUAUGAGAAUUGAGAACCCAUAGGCAUAGCUCAACGCCGCCUCAACCAUUGACGCUCUUCCCUCCAACGUCACUGCAUUUGUGAACGCUUCUCCCUCACGACUUUGCUUCUGCUUCUGAGUGUCUGGUGGGUUUUUCUUUUCAAGUGGAAAAGAGGUUAAGGUGAAUGUGAUGCCGUGUAGGUGGAUUAUAUCAAUCUGCCCGAACUGAUAUGUUUAUUGGGCUUAAUUGAGCAAAAAGAUAUAAAUAGCUUGAAGUGCACCAUUGUAGAUCUUUGUGGCUUGAGAGAGUACGAUUAGUAUACCUGAGCAACAAAGAUGGGGUAUAUGGCUACACUACAAAAUAAUAUUUUCAGCUUUCAUUCUUUGAAUGGUUUGCAAGGCUGUAACAAACAAGAGAGCUGUUUUUUGGGUGCUAGUUCUGCUUUGGAUCAUAGUUCAAGGAAAAAAUCACCUACCCUACACCAAAUUUGUUUUAGCGGUGCACCUAAAUAUUUUUUUCCCAGGAAAGGAUUUCAGUGUCGAAGUUUUCGGGGAAGUGUUUUAGUUGAUAGAGUUAAUGAGAUUGACCAUGAAGAUUGGGGUUUUGGAAGUGAUAAUGACAAUGAAAGGGGAAAAUCCAUGGAACUAGCGGAUUCAAACAAGUUUAUAAACUCUCCAAGUUUGUCCCCAGAAAGACCGUUUAUCCAAAAUGAUGAAAUGACCAACAAUAAAAUUCUUCAGAAGCUUUGCAGUCAAGGAAGGUUAACGGUUGCAGCAAAGUUGAUUGAUAUUAUGGCACGCAAAAGUCAAAUACCCCAUUUCCCUUCUUGUGCAAAUUUGAUCCGAGGUUUUAUCAGAAAUGGUCUGAUAGAUAAAGCUUGCAAAAUAAUGAAUGUAAUGGUUAUGUCUGGUGGUGUUCCUGAUAUAAUUACUUACAACAUGGUGAUUGGUGGCCUGUGUAAAAGGGGUCAUUUAAAAUCUGCUAUUGGUCUGGUAGAAGAUAUGAGCUUGAGUGGUUGCACCCCAGAUGCAAUUACCUAUAAUUCAAUAAUUCGCUGCAUGUUUGAUAAGGGAGAUUUUAAUCAGGCUGUUAGUUUCUGGAAGGACCAAUUGAGAAAAGGUUGCCCUCCUUAUCUGAUUACCUAUACGGUGCUUAUUGAGCUGGUAUGCAAAUAUUGUGGGGCUGCUCAAGCCCUAGAAGUACUGGAAGACGCGGCAAGGGAAGGCUGUUAUCCUGAUAUCAUUACAUAUAACUCUCUUGUUAAUUUUACUUCUAAACAAGGGAAAUAUGAUGAUACUGCUCUGGUUAUAUCUAAUCUUCUAUCCCAUGGAAUGCAGCCGAAUGCUGUGACAUACAAUACUCUCAUCCACUCUCUUAGUAGCCAUGGAUAUUGGGACGAAGUUGAUUAUAUUCUGAAGAUUAUGAAUGAGACUUCCAGUCCUCCUACGCUUGUUACGUACAAUAUUCUGCUAAAUGGUUUAUGUAAAUCUAGACUUUUAGAUCGAGCCAUAAGCUUCUACAGCAUGAUGAUUACUGAAAACUGUUCACCAGACAUCAUAACAUACAAUACUCUUCUAAGUGCUUUGUGUAAGGAGGGGUUUAUAGAUGAGGGCAUCAAGUUACUUAACUUACUGGUAAGUACGAACUGUUCUCCUGGGUUGGUCACCUAUAAUACUGUAAUUGAUGGGUUGGCUAGAAUGGGAUCUGUGGAAUCAGCAAAAGAAUUGUAUGAUGAAAUGGUGGAGAAAGGAAUCGUUCCUGAUGAAAUUACUCACAGUAGUUUGGCUUGGGGUUUUUACCGGGUGGACCAACUUGAGGAAGCUGCAGAAGUAUUAAAGGAGAUGCAUAAGAAAGAACAAAAGAUUAAAAAUACUGCUUAUAGAUGUGUAAUCCUUGGAUUAUGCAAGCAAAUGAAGGUUGAUAUUGCAAUUCAAGUUCUAGAUUUGAUGGUGAAAAGUCAAUGCAGGCCAGAUGAUAGGAUAUAUUCUGCUUUAAUUAAAGCUGUUGCUGAUGGGGGUAUGGUGAAAGAGGCUAAUGAUUUGCAUCAGAGGUUGAUCAAAUGGAAGAUUCUAAAAAAGGAAGUCAUGUUCAGUUAGUUGGAAUUUGCACUAAAAGAUUGGCCAAAAUUAAUAAUGCUUCUGGCCAUGUACAGAUUAUACGUUCCUAUCAGGUGAUUCUUUAGAUCCCUUUUGAUUGUGAGAUUUUGAUUCUCUCCUGUUUGGAUGGGGUGUCAUACUCCCCAACUUCUCUCCAUCUCUAUUGCUCCCUGUUCAUGGAAGAUACUAGAGAGAGAUUGAAAAUUUGGGAAACAGAUCUUCCCCUGAAUAGAAUAGAAUGGAAUCCGACUCUUUUUGAGAUCUACUAAUUGUCUGUGGAAUGUAAGGAUGCUACCCCCAUAAGUUUUUUGCUUCUAGUUCAUGCCAUUAUUUAAAAAUUUUGAUGCGGUUACUUUUUAAUUAUUCUAAAACAAUCUGCCAUAAUGAUGUAGCAUUUCCCCCAUUGUUUUAUCUAUAAGCUCGUAAU